AUGGAGAGCAAGGUGGGAAAGAGGAAUCACAGCAUGGGCAGAGAGGUCAUUCUGCUGGGACUUUCUGACCAGCGAGAGCUGCAGUGGCUCAUUUUUGUGGUGUUUUCCUUGGUCUAUGCUGUGACUGUGCUGGGAAACCUCACUAUAAUCACACUGGCCUCCUUGGACUCUCAACUGCACACCCCUAUGUACUUUUUCCUCAGCAACCUGGCCUUCUUGAACUUGUGCUAUGUUUCUAUUGUGGUCCCGAAAAUGCUGACUAACAUCCUGACAGGGAGCAAGAGCAUUUCCUAUGAGCUGUGUGCAGCGCAGGUCUGCAUCGCUUUGAUCCUGGGCUCCACUGAAUGCCUCAUCCUCAUGGUGAUGGCUUUUGACCGCUAUGUAGCCAUAUGCAACCCCCUGCACUACAAUACUGUCAUGGACAGGAGAGUGUGCAUCAACCUGGCAGCAGCAUCAUGGGCAAUUGGCAUCCUGGCAACAGCCAUUCCUUCACCUUUCUUGUGGCCAGUGCUGUGUGGCCCCAAUGUCAUCAAUCAUUUCUUCUGUGAAACCCCAGCCCUGAUCAAGUUAUCCUGUGCGGACACCUCCAGCACAGAGAAAAUGAUGUUUAUAGGGGGUUUCUUCACCCUCAUGGUCCCUCUCUUCCUUGUCCCGAUUUCUUACAUUGGCAUCAUUCGGGCUAUACUGAAGAUUGGCUCUGCUGUGGGGCGCCAGAAAGCCUUCUCCACAUGCUCCUCUCACAUGACUGUGGUGACCAUAUUCUAUGGGACGGGGAUGUUCAUGUACAUGCAGCGCCAGGCACAGCACUCCCCAGACAAGGACAAGUGGUUUCUGUCUUCUACGCUGUUCUCAACCCCAUGCUGA